GUUGCUCGUCUGAGCCGUCUCACACUCGCACACAAACAGCAGCAUCAGCAGCUCUGCUCAUACAUUACGUCACCGGCGUCUCGUCCUGGUCUUGUGGCUUCUGGUUCGUGCCGUUGUCUUCUUGGCCUCGCCGGUCGCUCCUUCGUCUCGCCUCUGGUAGCUGCUCGCCGUGAUUGUUUUUUUUGUAAGGAAUGAGUCGUUUGCAAGGAUCUUCUUCCAGCCUUAAACGGAAGCGAGAGUUGGCUUUAGUUUCUGAUACUUUGACAGAUGGAGAGCGUGUACUCUAUAAUCUCAUUCUUAGCAAGAGAGACAUGGGGAUCUGGUCGGGAGACAUGAAAAGAGAAACAAACCUCCCAGAUAAUGUGGUGAAGAAAUCCCUUAAGUUGCUUCAGUCGAAGGGCUUGAUCAAGGAGGUUGUUAACAUCCAAAACAAAGCAAGAAAGCACUACAUGGCAGCACAGUUUGAACCAUCCAAGGAAAUCACAGGUGGGGAUUGGUAUAGUGAAGGGAAUCUUGAUAAAGAGUUAAUAAAUGCCGUGAAGAGCGUGUGCUUGAAGUACAUUUCCAGGCAGAAAGUUGUUACGUGUGAUGGAGUUCUGGAAUGGAGCAGAAAGAGUGGGGUCUUCACUGCCGAAGUCUCAAACCAGCAGAUAGAAGAGAUUUUGCGAACUCUGGUUUUGGAUGAUGAGAUCAUAGAGGUGAAAAGCACUGGAUACGGGGAUUUUGAAAAUGUUCCUGUUGGCAGAGUUUGUUACAAAUGCAAAAGCAAGGGUGGUGUCAGAGGAGAACCAAAAGAUGGUGCCAUGUCUUCAAUUCCAUGUGGUGUUUGUCCACGGAUAAACUUCUGUAGCCCAGAUGGCAUUGUUUCCCCAAGAACUUGCGUCUACUAUCAGAAGUGGUUGGACUUCUGAAUGAAUCAAAGACAAGUCAUUAGUAUGAUAUGAACCUCCAAGGCUUAACAAAUGUUAUCUUACUUUGGUAUUAAGAUUGCGAUGUUGGUUAGCUCAACUGGUUCAAAGGUCCACUUAGCAGAUUGCACAGGAUUUCAUCCUACUUGAUAGUCAUUCAGCAAUAUUGAUUACCAUUUGUGAAUCUACAAUGAGAGGAGGAAGUGAAAAAAGAAAAGAAAACUAUUUGCUUUACAUUUGCACUUUCAAAUUUCAACAUGUUUGUCAAGUGGAUCCAAUAUGUGUGUUUUGUCUCCGAAGAUUUUAUUGCUUUUGGAAGAUUUACUACUCUGCGGAACUUGCUGCGGUUGCCAUGACUUUGAGCAUCUCCUGAAGCAUGAAAAUGAUUGAAUUGCAACUUUGUAUUUGAAGCAAAAAACUCAAGUAGAAUUGAGCGAGGACAAAUCAAUUAAAGAUGAUACCAGCAUAUAUUUAAUUUGAUUAGAAUCUACUAGAUUUUACGAUA